AGGUACUUGUCUGGGGCCGCCACGGGCGAUGGCGACGCCCUGUGCCAGAGCGCGGCCGCGGGGCGCAGCCCCAAGCUGCUGGGCCUCGCGGACCAGUCCCAGGCCCCCAGCCUGCAGCAGGCGCUGGUCUCGCUGCAGCACGCGGAGCAGGUGACCAAGUCGAUCAACGCCCGCAUCAGCAAGACCGCCAUGCAGUACCUGAAGAAAGGCGCGCGGGUCGGCCCCUUCGGCGCCUACUUCUCCGGGGCCGGGCCCCGGGCGCAGGAGCGGAAGCGCGAGCUCCGGGGCCGCGCCCUGGUGGAGGACCUCUUCGCGCAGCUGUGCCGGGAGUUCGGGGCCGCCGACGUCCUGGAGCGCUUCGGCCCCGCCGCGCCCGACGCAUGCCGGCGGGGCUCCGCGGAGCGCGCGGGCCCAGGCUGACGGACCUGCUGUCCGGCGCCGAGCGGCGAGGGGGCGCGGUCGCGUGCUGCAAGCCGCUGGCCGUCCUCGUCGAGCUGAUGCGCCCCGAGGGCGCCCGGCAGCCCGCCCCCGGCGCUGGCGAGGUCGAGGGAGACCCGGGCGGGGCGUGGCGGCCGCACCCGCCGGACCUGGGGUUCAUGUGCUGCUGGUCGGCCGACCUGGGAGGCC